AUGUCGACCUUUAUGAAUUAUCCAAUGGCCCAGAGCCACUGGAUGGAUAAUGGGUCGGAUACCCCCUCCACCCGGUCCUCGAACGAAGGCCCCGAGCAUGUUCAUAGUCGUUCGAGGUCAACAGCCCACACCCAUAGCCCUAAGCGUUUAUCUGUCUUCGGUGGCCGGUCCCGAAGCAACACCACGACGUCCACUACAUCGCGUCGCUCACCGAGUUCGUCCAUGACGUCGACCGAUGGCUCGUCUCAGGAUGAACGCACUUCCUCAGCAUUGGGGUUCCGGGCUGAGCGGCCCGAGAAGCCUCGGUCGUUCCUUGCGCGUGGCAGCCGGAUUCUGCGCCGCCAGGGUAGUAAGAUUAACAUCGUCGCCACGUUGGACGAGGCAGAUGAGCUGGAUCGCGAGCAGCCGCGAUCUGAAAAAUCCCAUUUCUUCAGUCGUCACCACACCCGCCAAAUCAAUCACCACGAACAUCUCAAAAGUCUGAUCUCGGACCCGUUCGAUUUCCACCACUUGACCCAUACGAACCCCUCGCAGUUCCAAUCUCUGGACCAGACGCGCGAGAAUGAUCUGGUUACCGAGUUCUCCGCCAUCCGGGCCUCGCAGCGACCCCAAACGGGACUCAAGGGCAUUCGCGCCGAUGACAUCCACUUCCGCAACUUUUCUACCGACAACUUGGACACGUUUGGAACGGCAACAACUGUCGACGAGCCCACCCCCAGCAAAAGCCCGCCGGCGUCCCCCCAGCUGGUGCGACGCCAUGCUCGACGGGAAUCCCGCAUCAAUGAGAACUUCUCGCGGCCUGUCUCAAGAUACCCUCGCUCCUGCCCGACUACCCCGCCGCCUCCCGUCGUGCCCGAAACCCCUCCUCCCGAUAUGGCAGAGCCCGCACCGCGCGCCAUUGACGAGAUUUUGGGCUUGGACUCGGCCAAGACUUAUCCCGAGCACAUCGACGCGGUGCCACCAACCCAUCUUCAUUUCAGCCCGGAACCCGCCGAUGACCCUACGGCUCGCUCCUCGUCCAUGAGCAGCCACUAUGACCUGGAAGAUGUUCCAGAGGAAGAAGAAGCGACCCGGUACUGGGACAGCCCGGAGCCCAGCGAGGGCCCGCAUUCCCGCUCGAUCUCCCAAGUGAGCCAGCCUCCAGUGGACAUUCAGCUGCCCAGCGUCGCGGAGCCUCCAGCUCCCUUGUCAAUCUAUGUCGCCGAUGAGCUCUCACAAAAGUUCUCGGAGGCACUGGGCUCGCCAACCUUGCCUCAGAAUCUCCCUAACGCGAUGCCCCAUGCGGCUCCCAAGGCCCACGUGGAGGUGACGCCACCGGUGCCGGCACCCCAGCUGCAUCAAUUCUCGUACGACGAUGAAGUAUACGACUCGUGGGACGCGGACAUUGACUACUGCUACGAACAUGCCGCUGAGUCCACUUCCAACUUUGACUGGUCGCGCACGUCUUUGGAUGAGACGCGCCCGCAGGUCGGGGUCGCUUGCAGCGAUGAGCCCUGGAUGGCCGCACCCAAGACCCGGCACAUGCAGCCUAGUCCGCUGAGCACUUCUGUGCUGGCGACUCCAGAUCUGGACCCGAGUUCGGCGCGAUCUGUGCCAUCGCAAUCGGCCGCUACCCCGUCGACGGCUGACUAUGAGCGGGACUUCAUGGCACGAGGCACGGGCGACUACUUCCAACCUGUCAGUUCCUCGAUCCUGCCAUCGACGUUGGGGAAACAGCUCCCCCAGGACACUCUUUACGAGGAAUAUCUGGCCACUGAUGCGGAAUCAGAUCGGCACUUUCCCUUCGUUGCCCAAGGAAUGAUCGCUCCCACCGAGAACCCAAUUAGCCCCCGCAGCAGCUUCUCCCCUAUUAGCAAGUGCAACUCGCAGGAGAGCUUGAUGCUCUCGCGCGCGGCCUCGAUUGUCCGCAAGCACCGCUCGUCAGUGUCGACGACGAGCGUCCCCGAGCUGGUCCACAGUCUCGCCAACAGCCGCGAGCUGAUGCCGACCGACCGCCAGACCGCUGGCGAGACGCUGGCGGCCGGUCCCACCGGCCCGGUCUUGCCAUUGCACCGGCAGACCAAGAGUCUGGCCGAAGCCCAUUUUCUUCUCCAAACAGACAGUACCACCAGCCUCGAGACUGCUGACCCGGUGCUCACGACUCUGACCCACGACCGGGCCAAGUCCACCUCUGAAGUGGACUCUCGCCCCGUCCAGUUCAGCGUUCCUCCAUUGCCUCCGGUUCCUCCGCGCAACCCCAACCGCAAGAAGGGCCGGACUACUUCUUAUUCUCUGUUCCCAACGGCCGCUCACUGA